AUGGACGUUGCCGUUGUGGUUUAUGAUGCUGCUACCAUUGCUAACGCAGAUUCAGACGAUUCUGCUGUUGCAGCUGAUGCUACUAACGUUGAUUCAGACGAUUCUACUAUUAUUCCCAUAAUUUCCGAACUAUUACCAUCAUUAUAUGUCGCAAAUGUUGUUGACAAUGCUGUUAACGCAAAUUCAGACGAUUCUGCUGUUGUGGUUAAUGAAGAUUCUGCUGUUGCUGUGGAUUUUACUGUUGUUUCAGUUGAUGAUGCAGCUAAUGUUGCCAGCGCAGUUGAUGAUACUAUCCCAGAUGCCGUUAUGGUUGAUGAUGCUGUUAGCAUAGGUAUAGAUUUUUCUGUUGCUGCUGUAGUUGAUGGUGCUACCAACGCAGAUGAAGAUGAUGAUUCUGUUGUUGGUGUUACGCUUAUAGUUGCAGUUGGCGCCGUUGCUUCUAUUGAUUCUCCUCUAUUUGAAUUGAAUGUUUUCCAUAAACCUUAUAAAU